AUGUAAUUUUCCUAAUUUCAAAAAUCUACCUUAUUCAAAGUAAGAAAGUUUUAUACGAAUUCCGUCACCUAAACAUAUUAAUUUUUAGAUAUAGUUCAUCUUCAAGAGUAAAUGGCAAAACAAAUCUAUUUUGUUAUAGAUUGUAUAGUUGAAUUAAGAAAAUUAGAUAAAGGAGCUUUAAUUGGUGAAAAUGAAUUACAACAUCAAUCAUCUUUUAUAAGUGAAGAAAGACUACUAUUUGACUCAGAAUACUUUUAGAAUCAUAUUAUACCAUAAAUAAUUGACACCAUACCAAAAUUUUGUGUAAUCCAAUAGUUCAAUCAAAAGGAUUCAUCUAAAUACAAGAUAGCUUUAGUAGAAGAAUUCAACUAAAAGAGAGCUGUAUCUAGAAAAUAUACCUUCCAAAACUAAUAAUAUCAAACCACCAAAAGAAAAUCUUAGAAAUCCACUAGAAUUUUGAACGAUGAUCAUCAAAAUGCUUCUAAUAUUAUAGAAAGUCGAAAUUCAUUCAUAGUCAAUCGAUAAAUUAAUUCUUGCAAACUACUUAAAAAAUUAAAAAAAGUUAAAGUAAUAAUUAUAUCCAAUUUGGACAUUAAACAAUGA